GUCAUGUACUCGGUGCCGGAGCUUUAUCCGAGGCGGAAGCGGCUGGACGGGCGGGCCUCUCCGCUGCUGGACCAUUUGGGAUUGCGAUUAGGGAUGUGGUACUGGAAAGAUGAAACCAGAACUCUUGAAUUCAGAAGUUUUCUGCCUACCAUGGAAUUCAAGGAAAAAGGAAGGAAAGGCAAGGCAGUCCACUUUCCCGAAAUUGAUGGCGCGGCUGCAGAAAGAUUGACAGAUAAAAGGCUUGCUUCAAGAGACACAGUCAAAUCCCUGGAGAAGCGAGGUCUGCUGGGCAGCGUGACGCUGGACGACGUGAAAUUUGUCGUGUUGCUGCUGCUGCAGGAUUCCGAGAUGCAGCGGAUUUGUUCUUUUACAACUUUUGUGAGGAGUAAGAGUCUUGACAAUUUCCUCAUGGCAUUACUGUACUACUUAGCUUAUUUCUUGGAAAAAAACUCACUGGAAAGGAAGCCCAAAAGCUACAUGGUGGGCCUUGUGGAGAAAAAAGAGAUGGAGCUGGCUGUCAGCAAGUUGGAGGCAGCACAGAAGCAUCUGGCUCAGAAGUACUGCAUGCUCGUGCUGGGCCUGGGCAUGCCGGAUAAGCACCACAUGUCCUGCGGGAAGGAGAAAAUCUCAGAUACGCAGAAAGACUGGAAAUUCUUCGAGUGCUUUUACACUUUCUGCACCUAUGUGGCGUGGGUUGUCUUCCGGCGGCAGCACUUGACCGAGAUUGAGGAGGAAGUAGGGAGGCUCUUUCGUACCAGUAUGUUCAACAUUCCCCGCCGGAAGCGGGAGGAGGAAGAAUCAGGAGGGGAGAGGAAGCGCAUGACUUUUGUGCAGUUUAGGAGAAUGAUGGCGAAACGCCCAGCAAUUAAAAAAGCCGUUAACAUGCGCUCUCCAGUUCUGUCUACCCUGCUGCCCUCUCACAGAGAGAAAGUUCAGAAUAUCAUAGAGAAAAAGUACCAAACAGGAGUGACGCUCCCAGCUCAGGGGCACCUGGACUUUGUGCCCCUACCCAAAGUAGGCAUCCUGGGGGAGCCUCGAUACCUGUUCAAUCCCCAUACCCUUCUACCCAUUGACCUGGAAGAAAGCGUGAAAUCGGGGCGACAUUCCUCUGUGAUAGAAAGAAACAACGUACGGAUUCAGAAUACCCUGGACUUGGUGAUGAAGACCCUGUCCGUGUCUCACCCAGCAUACUCCAGAUAGCCCACGGGGAAGUCCCCGCACGGGAAAAUGAAGCAUGCUGUUCUUAGUCCCUCUAUACAGGACGAGUAUCUGCUACUAUUACUAUUAUUAAACUUCUCCAAAUUG